AGGAAGGUUGUUUUUAUAUCUUCGAGAAGCCAUUCGUUUUUACCGAAAGUAACAAGUAAUACAGUCCACUCUAUUUAAGGGCAAAACAUUGCUGUUGACGUGAUAUUCGCAUGCGGCUUCCCCUCAGUGUUCCAAGUAAAAGAUGGAAUGGUAACGUCCCAUCCGUUGAUAAUGAGCUGCACUGUUUGGCGCAAAAACUAAGGAAUGCAGGUAGAUGACAUCAGCUCUAUUCAUGAGAAAUCGCAUACGCACAUAUCGUAAAACUAUCUGGGUGAGUUCCCAAUAUUCCUUAUUCCUAGCUCAAAUCUCAAUUUGUCAAUAAAUUUAAUCAAAUCAUUUUGAUCAACCAAUAAUAAUAUUGACAAGCAACUAGUAAGAGCGCAUACAGGAUUUUUUUAAUUAGGGACCAUUGAUUUUUUAAUGCGUGUAGCGUGUAGGUACAACAAAACAACAAAGCGAGGGUCAUUGACCAGUUAAAUUAAAAAGCAAAAUAUAAUAAUUAAUUAGGUGUUAUUAUCUACCUAAUUAAGGUGUUAAAAGAAGGGCAUUAUUCAUUGUUGUCAUAAAUAUUUUAAUAUUUCAUAUUUGUACUGGGUAUUCAUAAUCAAUCAAAACAAAUUGCAAAUAAAAAAAAAAAUGGAUGUGUCUAAAAAACAACGCGCUAUUAUAAAAGGCAAAUUGACCGUGUUUACGAACUUUAUAAACGAAAUUGAUGCAAAGGUAAAAGCAGGUGAAAUUAUUGAUGAUGUUAGCGCAGCUAAUAUUCAACGGCGUUUACCGCUGAUUGAACCGCUGCUAGAUCAAUUUGAAAUGAAUCUUGGCAACAUUUAUUCCGAAGCAAAUGAAGCCGAGGCGGAAUUGAAGGAAUUGGAAGACUUCCAGCAAAAAUUCUUUGAGGCCACGGCUAAGGCCGAUUGUUUAUUAAGUAAAAUUAUAGAUACUGACAGAGGGCUCUCCUCUCGCGGUUCACCGGCAAAUUCCGUCGCGAAUUCUAUUGCGUCUAGUGCUCGUUCCGUUAAAAAUUCUAUUAAAUUACCGACAAUUAAACUGCCGAAAUUUGACGGGAAAAGCGAAAAUUGGCUUGAAUUUCGGGAUCUCUAUGUAAGUUUAAUAGAGGAAAAUGCGAAUUUAGACGAGGCACAAAAAUUUCAUUACCUGAAGGCAAGUUUAGAAGGCGACGCGGCAAGGGUAAUAGAAUCUAUUAAAUUUAGUACAACAAACUAUACUCUCGCGUGGACCAGACUGCAAGAACGGUAUAACAGUGAAAAGGUGUUGAUUCACAAUCAUGUGAAAUCUUUGUUUAAUUUAGAGUCCAUCCAAAAGGAAUCCUCUAUGAAAAUAAGAAAUUUAUUAGAUUCAGUGUCAAAACAUUUGGCCAACAUAAAGAGUUUAACUUCUUCCGAAACUUUGGGAGAGACUUUAAUCAUAUAUUUAGUCACCUCAAAAUUAGAUUCUAUGACCAUGCGCGAAUGGGAAAAACAUACAAAAAAAAUCGAUAUGCCUAGUUUUAACCACCUCUACGAAUUUUUGAAAGAAAAAUCAGAUUUAUUAGAAACCGUAGAGGCCAAGCAAAAACACAAAAAUCAAGAAACGGUAAAAUCCAGAUCACUAGUAACCAAGCAGGAGUCCUGCGUGGUAUGCAAAAAUUCUCAUGCGAUUUGGUCAUGUGACAGCUUUCUGAAACUCUCUGUAAAGGAUAGGCAGGAAAAGGUUAAAUCUCUUAGAAUAUGUAUCCUCUGUUUAAAAAAGGGUCACUUUAUCAGUAGCUGCCAAUCAAAAUAUCUGUGCAAUAAAUGCCACAAACGGCAUAAUACACUUUUGCAUGAAGAGGUCAAAAUCGCUCCUGAAGAUGAGAACUCACAACUAGUCGCGGCGUUCUCUGCCAACACAGCGCAAGUGUUGUUGCCAACAGCAUCCGUGAAGGUGUUUGGUUCUUGUGGUAAAGUGCGCACAGCUAAAGUCUUAUUAGACUCUGGUUCUCAAUCAUGUUUUAUAACCUCAGAUUUGUGCAAGAAAUUAAAGAUUCAAACAAGCAAAAUUGACAUGACUAUAAUCGGGAUAAGCGAGUCAGAAUCGCCCGUUCAAAUGAAAUGUGAUGUACAAAUUCAAUCGCACUAUAAUAGCUCUGAGCUAAAGUUAUCAUGCCUUGUUAUUGAUAAAAUAACAAGCUCCUUACCAAGCCAUAACAUUAAUUUAUCAAAUAUAAACAUUCCUCAAAACCUUAAGCUGGCUGACCCGGCAUUCCACAAGCCAGGAAAUAUUGAAAUACUUAUUGGCGCUAGUCAUUUUUGGAAUCUGCUCUGUAUAGGUCAAAUAAAUUUGGGACAUAAUCUGCCCACGCUUCAAAAGAGUAAAUUUGGUUGGUUGGUGUCAGGGCCCAUUUCAACUAGUUUUGCUAAGCAAUCGCGCUGCAAUUUCAGUAAAAUUAAUGACGUGCAAAAUCAAUUAAGUAGGUUUUGGGAAAUCGAAAAGGUGUCAGAAACGCGCACAUUGUCAUUAGAAGAAAAGGCUUGCGAAGCGCAUUAUAAACAAACCACGAGAAGAGAAUAUGAUGGCCGUUUUGUGGUAUCCAUUCCUUUAAAGGAAACCGCGGAUAAAUUAGGUGACUCUUUUGAACAAGCAAAAAAGAGGUUUCUUGCAUUAGAGCGAAAACUACAAAAUAACCAAAUUUUAAAGGAUCGUUACCAUAAUUUUAUGUCUGAAUAUGAAAAACUAGGUCAUAUGUCAAUUGCUCAACCCAAACCAAACGAGGCUUCUUUCUAUCUUCCGCAUCACGGAGUUUUGAAAGAGGAAAGUGUAUCCACAAAACUGAGAGUCGUAUUUGACGGCUCAGCAAGCAGUACAUCUGGUUUUUCGUUAAAUGACUUGCAAAUGGUGGGACCUACAAUACAACCAGAUUUAAUAUCAAUUUUGCUAUGGUUUAGAAAGGGACAGUAUGCAAUUUCUGCGGACAUCGAAAAAAUGUACCGCCAAGUGCUAAUUAACCCUGAGCAACGGCAGUUGCAAAUGAUAUUAUGGAGACCAGACCCCACCGAAUCAAUAAAACAAUACAAUCUAAACACAGUGACGUAUGGCACGUCGUCUGCGUCUUUCUUAGCCAUUAGAAGUUUAAUUCAAAUAGGUAUGGAGAACGAAAUUUCGAACCCAGACAUUGCCAAGAUUAUAAAAAAUGAUUUUUACGUCGAUGACUUGUUGACCAGUACAGAUGAUUUAGAAAAGGCUAAAUAUCUUUGUAAUACUCUUCCCAAAAUUCUAGCCACCGGUUGUUUCGCUUUGCGGAAGUGGAUUUCAAACGAACCCGAAGUUCUAAGUGGCAUAAAGCUAAGUGAUAAACACCCGAAUGUUCUCAAUGUUGGUUCAAAUGAAAACAUCAAGACUCUUGGUCUGAUGUGGUCGGGUAAAACAGAUAGUUUAACGUUCAAAAUAUCGCAUUCUCAACAACGUAAGGUCACAAAGAGAAUAAUUCUCUCUGAAACAGCUCAAAUUUUUGACCCUUUGGGACUUUUAGGUGCCUGUACUAUUUCGGCAAAGAUCGUACUUCAAGAUCUUUGGCGCGAAAAAUUAGACUGGGACGAAUCCGUUUCUAAUGCUUUGUUUGAAAGGUGGUCUCGAUUUAGGGAACAAUUGCCUAUAUUAAAUAACUUAAGGGUACCAAGACAUGCCAUUUGUAAAAAUCCAAAAAGAAUAGAAAUGCACGGUUUCUGCGAUGCCUCCACAAAUGCUUAUGGAGCAUGUAUUUACAUACGUUCUAUAGAUCAUAACGAUGAAAUCACGACUAGGUUAUUGUGCGCAAAGGGUAAGGUUGCUCCAAUCAAACCGUUGACCGUGCCAAGACUCGAGCUGUGUGGAGCUGUCAUGUUGACAAUUUUGGGAAAAGUUGUUUAUGAAAACUUAGAUAUAACGUUUGACUCUUGUACUUACUGGUCUGACUCAACGAUUGUAUUGGGUUGGUUAAAGACCUCACCAAGUUUGUUAAAAACAUUUGUUUGUAAUCGAGUCGCCGAAAUUCAGGAGAUUGCUCCAAAUAUUAAAUGGAAGCACAUUUCAACGAAAACAAAUCCAGCAGAUUUGUUAUCCCGCGGGGUGACACCAAAUGAAUUGCUGGAAUCAAACCUAUGGUGGCAUGGUCCAUCGUGGCUAUCUGAAGAUUCAACUGUUUGGCCUAUUUCUAAUGAGAGUACUCCCAGUUUACCAGAAUUUAAAGUAGUGACAAAAACACAUAUUUCAACCUGUUCGUCGUCAUUUGAUUUUGACAAGUACUCCGAUCUUAGUAAGAUGGAGCGGAUUGUGGCAUACUGCCUCAGAUUUAAAAAUAAUAGCCUUAAACCAAGGGAGGAAGGUCUCACUGGACCGUUGCGUGCUGCUGAAAUUAAGGCGCAUUCUUUUGUUUAAUAAAAAUUGCCCAAAAUGUGUCAUUCAGUAAUGAAAUCAAGCAGCUCAAACAAAGCAAACCAAUAAAAUCAACUAUAAUAGUCACAUUCAAAGUUUGACCCCAUUCUUGGACUCUAAGGGUCUAAUACGUGUUGGAGGCCGUCUAAGUAAUUCAAAAUAUAGGUUUGACAAAUGUCAUCCUGUAUUAAUUUGUGGAAAACAUAGACUAGCUAAAUUAAUAUUCGCACGUGAACAUAUACGUUUAGUGCAUGCUAGACCUCAGCAAAUGUUAGCCGCAAUUCGCGAACGUGUUUGGGUCACUGCCGGAAGAAAUAUUGCCAAGCAAAUAGUGCAUCAAUGUGUAAAAUGCUUUCGCGCAGCACCAAAAGAAAUAAAUCCUAUAAUGGCCAAUUUGCCUCUCGCAAGGGUACAGCCCUCAUUUCCUUUUCAAACCACGGGUGUUGAUUAUGCUGGCCCACUACAUAUACGUGAUCGUAAAGGCCGUGGUUUUAAGACCUCAAAGGCUUAUAUUUGUAUUUUUAUUUGUUUCGUCACGAAAGCUGUGCACAUCGAACAUCGAACUAGUAACUAGCUUGUGUACUGAAGCCUUUAUUUUAGCACUCAGACGUUUUAUUGCACGUAGGGGAAAACCCAAUAAUAUAUACUCCGACAAUGGAACUUGCUUUGUUGGUGCGAAGUCAGAACUAAAGGAAUUGCAAAAUUUUCUCAGCGCUAGUAAAAAUAUUACAUCUGACAAAAUGAGCAAUAAGGAAAUUAAUUGGCAUUUCAUACCCCCACGGUCACCCCAUUUUGGCGGGUUGUGGGAGGCUAGUGUGCGCUCUUGCAAGCAUCACUUAAAACGUGUAGCGGGGAAUGAUUCAUUGACGUAUGAAGAAAUGUAUAGUUUAUUGGUUCAAAUUGAGGCAAUCAUGAAUUCUCGACCCAUGUCGCCCAUGCCAUCUGACCCUAAUGAUCUUAACCCCCUUACCCCCGCUCACUUUAUGAUAGGAAGAUCCAUGGUGGCUGCUCCGGAUCCAGACGUUUUGGGCAUUCCAGAGGGUAGACUAUCUCUUUUCCAACGGAUACAACAAUUAAAUCAGCAUUUUUGGAAGCGAUGGAGUAGGGAGUACAUAACUGAACUUCAGCAACGCACAAAAUGGAGAGCACAAGGCAGAAAUUUGGAAAAAGGUGCAAUGGUGUUGGUCAAGGAGGACAAUCUCCCGACGUCAUUGUGGAGGAUCGGCCGAGUAGUUGAAGUAUAUCCAGGACCUGACGGAAUAAAUCGAGUUGCCGUUAUUAAAACAAUCAACGGGAACAUCAAGAGAGGAUUCGCAAAAAUUUGCCC